AUGAUGAAGGUGAUGACGAUCGUGAUUAUAAAUGAUGAUGGUUCUGGUGAUUUUAACUAACUUUUUGAAUAUUCUAACUUUUUGUUGUUGAACCGGUAACAGAUAUAUUUGUGAAAUUUUCAACUAUCUAACUUUCAAGGUUCAUGAGAUACAGUCUAGUGACAGACAGACAGACAGCGAAGUGUUAGUAAUAGGGCUCCCGUUUAACUCUUUAGGUACGGAAAUUAAAUUUAGAUUCUGAUACUUAUACAUGUCAAUAGGAAGUAUUUAAAAAAAAACAUUAGUUCCCGAAAUCAAACUAGAUGUCGCUACAGUACGUUCUCAAUUUUUCCAUGACAACCUUUCCGGUUUUCUUUCAAGUUUAAAAGUAAAUUUUAUUUGUAUUAAUAUCUAAGUUUCAAAACUCAAUUUUAUUUGUAUUAAUAUCUAAGUUUCAAAACUCAAUUUUAUUUGUAUUAAAAUCUAAGUUUCGAACAAUCAAAUUUCAGUUUUUUAUUAUGUUAUUUAAAAGGAACUGAACAGUCUUUGGUCCAUUCGUUUCCUGCAAAAAUUAACUUUUGCUAGAGUCGCCAUCUAGUGGAGGUGCUUUUUUAGUGUUUUCGAUUUUUUUUUAAUAAUUCCUCAUUUAAGAUGCUGACGCUGCAAGGUCCAUGGUCAGAGCGAGACGCACAGAUGACGGAAACGUUCGCUCGGCUCCAAGACAUAUAUGGAGCUGGUAGAGUGCUGGGGAUACUGGGCAACUCUGUGUCUCUAAGUCAAGUAGAUUAUACUGAAGGCGAGUGGAGUCGAGUACGACGUCAAGCGGACGAGAGCAGCACUAAUGCUGGUACUCCAUCUACUGAAGAUGAGCGGCCUCCGAAGCAAGGACCGAAAUACUCACUUUACAACGCAACUGGUCCACCCGGUAAAAGCGCUCUUCUGUAUUCAUCUGGUUGGCCCCAGCUGCGAUGGGCUAAUGGUUCAACGACAAUCCUAGACACGCAGGUUGGCGAGCCUACAGUCAAACCCACUAGAUUAUAUACUAUACUGGUCGUGAGGUUUGCGUAUGGAGACAGCAAAGAUAAGAUAACUCUGGAGUUCAGCUUUAAACAAACAGCAGGAUGGUGGCAAGCAGUGGGUGUUGAGGUCAAAUUCGGUCUUGAGACGACUGGCCUUAACUUGAAGGCACCGGCGCCUCCCGACGCGCCUGCCGCAGUACUUGGACAUGCUUAUGAGUGUUCCCUGCCUCUAGUAUACUCAUCUGAAGAGGCUACACUUAUAUUGCCUGAUAUUCAGAUGCAACCAUUCAUGGACAGUACGGAGAAAUUUGCCGAUGCUUUCAAUUGCAUCGGCUUCACAACUGUACCUAUAUGAUUCCGAAAUACUUGCAAUCUGUCUCCAUAUGAGGCAACAAGUCACAAAGAUCAGUGCAUCGUAGCAUUGGCGGUAUGCACUGAAACUAAAACUCAAGUGUGA